AGUCAAUACCUCCACGUCCCAAAAUCCGAGCUGGACGAAGCCCAACUUCGUGAAUUGGAAGAAUAUGAGAUUUCACAAGGUCCCUUAUCUGUACUUCAACAGGCUGUUCGGAAUCAAUCACAAGUUUUAAUAUCUCUGCGGAACAACAAAAAGCUUCUGGCGAGAGUGAAGGCGUUCGAUCGACACGCUAAUAUGGUGUUGGAGAAUGUGAAGGAGAUGUGGACGGAAACACCAAAAGGAAAGGGUAAAAAAACUAUCAACAAAGAUCGUUUCAUUUCAAAAUUGUUCCUGAGAGGUGAUUCGGUCAUAUUAGGUGUGUUGAGAUUCAUCAUCCAGAGUCGAGAACAGAGCUGA